CGUUUCCCUCAGCGACACGGGGGAGGGGGGAAUCAAAGAUGGCGGCGGUGACGGCCCUGGCUGAGCUGGCAGAGGCCGGUGCUGAGGAAGGCGGCGCAAGAACCGCCACAACAAUAACAACAACAAAGGCGGCCGAGUGAGCGCCCCAGCAGAGCUUCCUGCCCCACCUCCAAGCGGCCCUUCCUCCUCCCCGCUGUGGUAGUCGCCAUGGAGGCGGUGGGGGCCGGGGAGGAAGGCGAAGAGCCCCCCAAAGGCGUCCGCGUCCUCGGCUCCGAGCUGGUGGAGAACUACACGGUGUAUAUAAUCCAGGUGAGCGUUGGGAGCCAUCAUUGGAUAGUCAAACAUCGAUAUAGUGACUUCCAUGACCUGCAUGAAAAGCUUGUUUCUGAGAAGAAAAUUGAUAAAAAUCUAUUGCCUCCUAAGAAGAUUAUCGGCAAAAAUUCUAAAAGCUUGGUGGAAAAAAGACAAAAGGAGUUGGAAGUAUAUCUACAGACUCUUCUUGUUACAUUUCCAUUAGUUGCACCCAAAGUAUUGUCUCAGUUCUUACAUUUUCACUUAUAUGAAAUCAUUGGAAUCACAGCUGCGUUGGCUGAAGAACUCUUUCAUAAAGGAGAACAGUUGCUUAUGGCUGGUGAGGUCUUUAACAUUAGACCUUUGCAGCUAUAUGCUAUUACUCAGCAGCUGCGUCAGGGAAAGCCAACGUGUGCAAAUGGGGAUGCCAAAAGUGAUCUUGGACAUAUUCUGGAUUUUGCAUGUAGACUCAAAUAUUUAAAGGUAACUGGCACAGGUGGACCUUUUGGGACCAGUAACAUUCAGGAACAUCUUUUGCCUUUUGACCUAUCAAUAUUUAAGUCUCUUCAUCAGAUACAGAUAAAUCACUGUGGUGCAAAGCUUAUUAAAGGGCUGACAUCUUCAAAGCACACUUUAGCAACAUUGAGUGUUCAGUUUUCAGCAACUUCCAUGAUGGAAAUCCUAGUGCCUGAGGCUUAUGAUUUUGACCAGUGGGAGCCAGAAGGUGCACCUUCAAGUUGUCCUGUGACAGCAAUUAUCCCAAUUUGGAGAACCUUAACAACCUUAGAUAUGAGUCACAAUAGUAUAGCUCGAAUUGACGACUCUGUGAAACUAAUGCCGAAGAUUGAAUUUUUGGAUUUAAGCCACAAUGAUGUACCUCUAGUAGAGAACCUACAGCAUCUCUACAACCUCAUUCAUCUGGAUCUGUCCUACAAUAAGCUUACAACAUUGGAAGGCAUUCAUACAAAAAUUGGGAACAUUAAAACUCUGAAUUUAGCAGGGAAUCAUUUGGAAAGACUUUGUGGCCUCAACAAACUCUACUCAUUAGUUAACCUCGAUCUCAGCAACAAUAAAAUAGAUCAGAUUGAUGAAAUAAGAAAUAUUGGAGGCCUUCCCUGUUUGGAAAAAGUUGUCUUAUCCAACAAUCCCUUGAGCAUUAUUCCUGAUUACAGGACAAAAGUGCUAGCUCAGUUUGGUGACAGAGCAUCAGAGGUCUGUUUGGAUAAUACUGUAACUACCGAAAAAGAACUGGACACAGUAGAAGUGCUGAAGGCUAUACAGAAAGCAAAAGAUGUGAAGUGCAGAAUGAAUAACUCUGACAAGAAGAUCACUGAAGAUUCCAAGCUUUCUGCUGCCAGUUCAAAAUCAAACUGUUCUUCUUUUUCUGUACAUCCUUCCUCUCCUUCUCUGCCUCGUCCUGUCAGCUCCAAUCAAGAAAUAACUUAUAGGAAAACAGCCCUAGCCAGCAGUUUUUCAUCAAGUAGUUUGACUCCUAAAAGCCAUACAGUUACCCAAAGAUUCUCUGAGACAUCAGAUCCAAGAAGUAGAAAUCAGGUACCUGCUUCCCAGUUGGAGUUUUCUAGCAGCUAUGAAAAUGCCCCUCAUAUGUGUUCGGACCGUUCAGACGAGGAAUCUGAUGCCUUGCAUAACCACUUUAAUACCGUGAUCCUACCUUUCGUUUGUAUGUCGUACACUGCCACAAAUCAGGACUUUGUGCAACAUCUCUCUGCAUUGAUAGCAGAGGCUAUGGAAAACGCACCUUCUUUUUCAAUGGAAACUCGGAUCCAAAAUACAGGGAACUGUUUGAGUGAUUCCAGAGCAGUAGAUACAGAAGAUGGCUAUUUUGAAAUGGGACUUCAUGAAGGAGACCAUGUGUUUGAGUUCAGCCCUACUCCGGACAUUGUGUCUGUAGCGUUGGAUAGCACAAAAGCAGAGCAUCAUGACAUAGUCAAAAUCCUGUGGAGUUUUUGUAUUCAGGUUCAUAAAGGACUCAAGCAGUUUGCUUCCUGUCUGGUUUUGACUGGUAGUGUGGUAGCUGUGUUUGAAAUUCCCCAAGAUUCAAAAGGAAACUGCCAACAUAUUCUUUCUGCCUUGAAAUUAGUAGUGUGUUUUCCAUAUUCAGAUCUUACAGAAUUUGGCUUCUUGAUACCAGAAAUUUGUUUGACACUCAAAGUAAAUAAUGGCGACACAAGUUUAUUUAUUGUCUCAGACUCUCAGAACCUGCAAGAUUUCUAUUCCUGUUUACAUAGGUCAUGCUCUCAGUGCUGCAGACCUCCUUUAGCAAGUUCCUUACUGCACUGUGGCAAAGCAAGUUUGCAGGAAUUUGUUUACCAGCUGAUGGGGUUUUAUCACAUUUCAUCUGAAAACACGGAAAUAAAAGGGUGUUUCCCAGCUUAUAUUUUCUGCCAUAAUAACACUGAUGCUCAAAAGGUCCUAUGCCAGCCAGACAUGGCCAGCAAUGACAAAACUUUUUCUAAACAUGGUACAAGUUCUGCACUUUAUUCAGCGUUCCACAAGUUCACUGGAGAAAGCCACUGCAUGUUCCAUCCCUGUUGGAUAUUUCUAACCCCGCAGCACCUGCACAUAGUUCACGUUGAUUUUAAUGUACUGCCUGGAAAACACAUAGACUCUGAAAAUGCAAGGAGCAUUUUCAAAAUGAGUAGGAUCCCCCUGGCUUCGGUUCUUUUGCAUCCCACCAGCCAUUCUGUUCAGCAGGAAGGUUCAUUUUCAGAUGGACAUGUGCUAGAAUUACUCAUUGGCUAUAGAUUGGUCACAGCAGUAUUUGUUCUUCCUCAUGAGAAGUUCCAUUUUCUGAGAGUCUAUAGUCUUCUGAGGACACUUCUGCAAGACAUCAAAACAAUAAUUGUUUUCAAAGCUUCCAGCAAUGUAGAGCCAGCAAGAAAUUCUCUCUUGGCUUCCACAAGGCACAACCAGGCUUCAAGCUAUUGUAAGCCUCACCUGCCCUUCUCAUCUCUAUAUCCAUCUGAAUUUCUGCUGAAGAAAAUCACUGAAGAGAACCAGAUACCUGUGCACCUUCUGAUUUCAUCGUCUCUCCAAUAUGUCGCUGGGCUAAAGGGGAAAUCCAUUAUGGAAUUUUUCCACAACAGCAUUGCUGAGGUGGAAAAUGAAGAGCUAAGAUAUCUCAUGUGGUCAUCUGUUCUUUUUUAUAAAGCACCUGAUAUGGAAGUGACAGCUUGUGUGCUACUUUCAACUAAAGCUAUUUACUUCUUGUUGGAUAAUUCUGUGAGUCAUUCUAAUGAGCAUCAGUUAGCAGGUUUUGGGAACAAAGGCCUCCUUGACUGUGAAUUCAGUUCUUUCUACCUCUCUUGCUGCCUAGUUCUGAAAUUGAAUGAUCUGCACUCAGUAAACAUUGGACUUUUUGAUCAAUAUUUUCGACUUGCUGGUCGUUCAGCUGAACAUAUAUUAACUUGCCUCACCAGAGACAGUUACAGCACUCAUGACUUUAUCCAGCAUCUCAUGGCUGUGCUCUCAUUACUGGCAAGGACACCAUCUCCAGAGCCAGUAGAUAAGGACUUCUACUCCGAAUUUGGAAAGAAAAAUACAGGAAAAAUGGAGAAUUACGAAAUGAUUCACUCUAGCAGAGUGAAGUUCAUAUACCCCAGUGAAGAAGAAAUUGGGGACCUUGCUUUUCUAGUAGCAGAGAAGAUGAACAAUGUGAUCAACGUCCAAUCUCUGAAUAUCCUCCUCUAUGUAUUGGCUUUUCAAGUGAAUACGGCAGAAGGGACUGCUCAGGCAAGCAGCUCACUUCAGCCUAAGACUCUCAUAUUAACCAGUUCGGACCUGUUCCUGUUCAAUGAGGAUUACAUCAGUUACCCACUGCCUGAAUUUGCCAAGGAGCCGCCAAAGAAAGACAAAUACCAGCUAGCAGAUGGAAGGAGAAUCCGUGACUUGGACCGAGUGCUGAUGGGCUACCAAACCUAUCCGCAAGCGCUUACCUUCGUGUUUGAUGACAUUCAUAACCAAGACCUUAUGCAGAAUAUGACCCUGGAUCACUUUGGCAACGUUCUCAGGUUCCCGAAAGGGCAGGUUCCUGCGGAGGGUAGCAGUAGCCGCGAGGUCCUCUGGUGUGUUUUCAUCCCAAGCCCAGACAGUCGGGAGAAACUCAUCUCUUUGCUUGCUAGGCAAUGGGAGAUUUUAUGUGGCCGAGAGCUGCCUUUGGAGCUCACGGGGUAGUUUGUGGGGUUUUUGUUUUCAAAUAUUUUAGUCAUUUGCAGACCAAAAGAAUCAGGUUGAAGAUGAUGAAUUAAAGCACAGUUUCACCUGCAUAAAAACAGGGAAGGACUCGCUCUUCACAGGACGUUGAAUCUUACUUGUGUGUUACCACUACCAUUCCUUGUGCAACUGGGAGGUUUUAAUAGUACAACAUAUUCUGCUAAAAUGUUGAACUGGAAUUUUCUAAACUCUAUUUUUAUGUAACCGUACAUAUUCAGGAUUUCUGAUUAAGCAUCCUAGGCAACUGUAUGGAACAAAAGGAGUCAACACUUGGCAUACUUUAAUUUAGGGCUGUUAAUUUCCACUGUGUUUUGUGUCUUAUGUAUAUAUAUAUAUGUAUAUAUUACACAUCAGUCUUGCAGUUCUAUACAAAGAAAGUGUACAUAAGGGUAACUAAAGCUGCUUGUGCUCUGUUAAAGUGCAGUGUUAUUUGUACAAUAUGUAUUUUAUUGCCUGUGCUGAUAAUUAUUUAAUUAUUCUGAUAAUUUUUACAUUUCAUCUUUUUAUGAUGUGUCAAAUUUAAUUUUUUUGCUGACUGUGAACAUGAUAGCAAAACUCACAUAUAACCGAAAGCUGCUUUUAUAUCCAGUGGACACUUUCAAUUGUUUCAGCAAGUUAACCAAUUUCUAUUCACUGUUGUAGACACAAAUAUUGUCCAGGAUUAAUAACUGCCCUGUUGCCUGCAGAUAAUACGACACUAAUAGUUCACAGCACUGUGUUAAUGUUGCCAUCUUUCUCAAUACAAAUAAACUGAAAUUUGACACAGUUGCA